AGGAUGUAACUAUAAUAAAUCUUAAUCAAUUAAACCCCUCUAGAUAAUAAUUAGAAAACGUGAUUAAUGGAGAAUCUAAUAAUCUAUCUAAUCCAGAAAAAGGGUUCAAAAGUGAAAAGAAACAAUGUGCAAUUCAGAAGGUGAAUGCAGACCUUUGGGUUUUCUAAUAGGUCUUCCUUUUUCAUUUCUCUGUCUCCUCCUCUCAAUCGUUGGCACAUUCGUCUGGAUUAUCGGAACAUUGCUUUCAUGCAUAUGCCCCUGUUUCUUGUGUCUCACGGUAGUAAUUGAAAUUGCGCUUGAAUUAAUCAAGGCUCCAUUGCAUGUCAUGACGUGGUUCAUCUCUAUGAUCCCAUGCUGAAUUCUCUUUCUUUUGCCAAUUUUUGUUGUUGUUUUGAUUUCAGAGUCAAUUAGGUUUUUAGGUUAUUAGGCCCCGAGACCUCUGAAAAAAAUUGCGUCCGUGUCGGCUAGCCACUUGUAAUUAAAAAAGUUGUGUCCGUGUCGGCUAACCACUUGUAAUUAGAAAAGUUGUGUCCGUGUCGGCUAGCCACUUGUAAUUACGUUUAGUAGUAUUGUGUUUCUCGGCUAGCCACUUGUAAUUACGUCUUGUAAUUAAAAAAGUUGUGUCCGUGUCGGCUAACCACUUGUAAUUAGAAAAGUUGUGUCCGUGUCGGCUAGCCACUUGUAAUUACGUUUAGUAGUAUUGUGUUUCUCGGCUAGCCACUUGUAAUUACGUUUACUAGUAUUGUGUUUCUCGGCUAGCCACUUGUAAUUACGUUUACUAGUAUUGUGUUUCUGAUAUUCGUGAUUCAUUAUUACUACAUUGAUGAUCUCUCUUAUACAUUUAUGUAUUAUUUUGAUUUU